UUCUUAUCUUCUCAGGCACCUCUGCAGCCACCCCCGGGAUCGUCCGCUUCAGUGGUGGCAGCCGCAGCAGCAGCAGCUGCGGCGGCAUCGGGGACGCCCCAGUCACUGAAACUUACCUACCCAGAAACUUUGGACCGCAUCAAGGAGGAGUUUCAAUUCCUCCAGACCCAAUACCACAGUUUGAAACUGGAAUGUGAGAAACUGGCCACAGAGAAGACAGAGAUCCAAAGGCACUACGUUAUGUAUUAUGAGAUGUCCUACGGCCUUAACAUUGAAAUGCACAAACAGACGGAGAUUGCCAAGCGGUUGAACGUGAUCUGUGCUCAGCUCAUCCCAUUCCUGUCACAGGAGCACCAACAACAGGUGGUCCAGGCCAUGGAGCGCGCCAAACAGGUGACCAUGGGGGAGCUAAAUGCUUCGAUAGGGGUACGUGGGCUCCCCCCUCUGCCUCAUAGCCAGCAGCUUCAGGCCCAGCACCUCUCCCAGCAUGCCCAGGGUUUGCCAAUGGGCCCACACCCAUCAGGACUGCCUCACCCUGGCCUGGCGCUUGGCGGAGGGUCUGGCCUGCUGGCCCUGUCCGGGGCUCUGGGGGCCCAGCUGGCUGCCAAGGAUGAGAGAGCUCACCUAGAGGCAGCAGCAGCUGCCGCCGCUGCUGCAGAGCACCACAGAGACCGUGAAGCAGGACCAAGCUCUCUGUCCAACGGGGAUAAGGGUCGCCCAGCAGACUACCUCAGCAACGGCAAGAAGAGGAAAGCUGAUGAGAAGGAGUUCAUGACCGACUAUGGCAGCGAUGCGGAUAAGAGUGAUGAUAAUUUGGUGGUGGAUGAGGACCCGUCGUCCCCCCGCAGCGUGCAGUCCUACUCGUCCAGGGAGAAUGGCCUGGACAAGAUGCCCCCGUCCCGUAAGGAGGGCCCCCCACAGGCCAGCCCCGCCUCCCUGGCCUCCUCCAGUAGUGCAGCCUCGCCGUCUCGUGGCAAAGAGCCCCCUCAGAGGGAGAAAUCCAGUACUCCAGGUAUGAAGCCGGGGACCCCCAUGUCUCAAGAGUCCAACACCCCAGGACCCAGCGGACCUCCACAGUUCAGACCUGUCCCUGGCAAGCCUGGUGUGGACCCCCUCGCUCUGGGUCUGAGAAACCCCCUGGCGGUGCAGGGAGCGUACCCUCCAGGGGCAUUCGGCCUGCCUCCUCCAGGGGUGAACGGGGACCUGGCCGGGGCGGCGGGUUACGGCGCCGGCCUCCACUUGGUCUCUCCCCAGAUGAACGGAGCUGCUGCUGCAGCAGCGGCAGCAGCUGCCGCAGGCUACGGACGGUCCCCUGUGGUGGGCUAUGAGUCUCCACACCCGCAUAUGAGGGUCCCCGGGCUGCCUGCCAGCCUGCAGUCAGCCGCCUCCGGAAAACCCGCCUACUCGUUCCAUGUGAGUGCAGACGGCCAGAUGCAGCCGGUGCCCUUUCCCCCUGACGCCCUGCUGGGCCCAGGAAUCCCUCGCCAUGCCCGUCAGAUUCACACCCUGAACCACGGAGAGGUGGUGUGUGCCGUCACCAUCAGCACCUCGACGCGUCACGUCUACACCGGAGGCAAGGGCUGCGUCAAGGUGUGGGACAUCAGCCAGCCUGGAAGCAAGAGCCCCAUGGCCCAGCUGGACUGUCUGAACAGGGAUAACUACAUCCGCUCCUGCAAGCUGCUCUCAGACGGACGGACCUUGAUCGUCGGCGGGGAGGCCAGCACGCUGUCAAUCUGGGAUCUGGCCACGCCCACUCCUCGCAUCAAGGCAGAGCUGACGUCGUCCGCUCCCGCCUGCUACGCUCUGGCCAUCUCCCCUGACAACAAGGUCUGCUUCUCCUGCUGCAGCGAUGGCAACAUCGUCGUCUGGGACCUUCACAACCAGACACUGGUCAGGCAAUUCCAGGGCCACACAGACGGAGCGAGCUGCAUCGACAUCUCCAAUGACGGAACCAAACUGUGGACGGGAGGGCUGGACAACACGGUCCGCUGCUGGGACCUCCGAGAGGGACGCCAGCUCCAGCAACACGACUUCACCUCGCAGAUCUUCUCUCUGGGCUACUGUCCGACAGGCGAGUGGCUGGCUGUGGGAAUGGAGAGCAGUAACGUGGAAGUCCUGCACGUCUCCAAACCUGACAAGUACCAGCUGCACCUCCACGAGAGCUGCGUUCUCUCUCUCAAGUUCGCCUACUGCGGUAAAUGGUUUGUGAGCACAGGAAAAGAUAACCUCCUGAAUGCAUGGCGGACGCCUUACGGAUCCAGCAUAUUCCAGUCUAAGGAGUCUUCGUCGGUUCUCAGCUGUGAUAUCUCUCCUGAUGACCAGUUCAUUGUCACUGGCUCCGGGGACAAGAAGGCCACAGUCUAUGAAGUCAUCUACUGAACUCUGAUUGGCUGAAAAAAACCCUAAUAAUCAGGGGGCAGAGCCGAGGCUCCCUCCUGCACCAAUGACUGUACAGAGCGUCGGUGGCAUGGAAAACAAGAGACACUCAACUCGUACUUUGUUGUUUUGUUUACGUUUGUGAAAGAAAUGGAAAAGAGAAGCAAGGGGGCACAAAGUCACAUCUCUGGAUAAAAAAAACAAACUUUGAACUUUGUUUUUAAUGCUCUGAGAACGCUGGUUAGUCUAUAGCUGCGCAAUUGUGGGAUUCCUCCAAAGAACUUUUGCUUUUGUUCCUUUUUGUUCCUUUUUUUAACAAAAUAAAACCUCUGUAGUGAACAAGAAAUUAGCAAAAAAAAAAAAAAACCUUAUUUUUUUAGCCUUUGAAUUUUUCGCAAACAGUUGGACCACAUCGAGUGGAAAAAGACAGAGACAUGGGACUGAGGAAGUGUGGGAAGGGUUCAGGGAGGGCUGGGAACUCUUGAUGGAAAAAUACGGUCCAUAUUCUGUGCUGUGUAAAACGUCCCAGCCUGGGUCAGCUUGGCCCGGUUUGGCCUGGUCCGGUCCAGCUACGUGGCUGCUCCUCGGGGCAGCAGAUGCGUGGCAGAUGGCAGGAUGGUGUGCUGUGAGGUUCCAGCUAUUCUUUUUUUUCUCCUGGCUAAGUUUCAGCAGCAACAUGAUUGUAUCAUCUCCAGUACAUACAUGACAGAACAGGGCUCGGUGUUCUCUAAAGUGUCCUGAGAGUUUGUCUUUGUUCCUUUUUAUUUGGUUAUGUUUGCUUUAUAAAAGAACAAAGCCAGACUUAUUGUGGAAAUGUUUUUUGGUGAAACCAGCCUGGAACAGAAAAACUGUCAGUUCAAACAGCUCACGACAGGUUCUCUCCAAGUUUUGGGGACGUGGCCUCUGCUAUAUCGUCAUCCUUAACACUCAACAUUAAAUGUUUUUUUGUUUGUUUGUUUUUUUAAUUGUAUUUGUUAGGGCACAUAUAAGCAGACAGGUAUUUUCACAACUGCAUCAUGAACCUUGCUAUAUAUGGACAUGUAAAUAAAGUUCUCUAAAGGCAAACAAGGAUGUUAUCUGUG